UUGACAAUAUACUUAACAGCUCGUGCCGUGCAGAAAUGUUCAAGACAUCCCCUGAAGAAAUCAACUAAAUUGAGAUUCAGUGGCGUAACAUACAUAAUAUCCAGAGGGAACAUUUGGAUAACACUGAGAAAUUCUGGUGUGAAGUAGAAUCCUACAGAGAUGCUACAGACUUCAAACUGCAGGCAAGAAAUGCUACCAGUACUCCCUGCCUUCCAGCAUGCUCAGAAUAGUUGGCACAAUGGAAUCCUACUCCUCAGAAAGCAAGCAGGCAAAUCCUGAAGAAGAGCCUCCUUUAGACGAGGAUGUCAUCCAGGCUCUAUUGUAAGCAUAUGAACGGCAGUAUGAAGUAUAUUCUUGUGACGGGUGGUGUAAUCUCAGGCAUUGGGAAGGGCAUUAUAGCCAGCAGUGUGGGCACCAUUCUCAAGUCCUGUGGACUACACGUCACAGCCAUCAAGAUUGACCCAUACAUUAACAUAGAUGCAGGGACCUUCUCUCCUUAUGAGCAUGGUGAGGUGUUUGUGUUGGAUGAUGGAGGAGAAGUUGAUCUGGAUCUGGGAAACUAUGAACGCUUUCUGGACAUUCGGCUCACCAAAGACAACAACCUGACCACCGGCAAAAUCUACCAGUCAGUUAUUAACAAAGAGCGUAGAGGAGAUUACCUGGGCAAAACCGUACAGGUGGUGCCGCACAUAACUGAUGCUAUUCAGGAGUGGGUGAUGCGUCAAGCAAAAGUUCCUGUUGAUGAUGAUGAUGUUGAGCCACAAGUGUGUGUCAUUGAGUUGGGUGGUACAGUAGGAGACAUAGAGAGCAUGCCUUUCAUCGAGGCAUUCAGACAGUUCCAGUUUAAAGUGAAGAGAGAGAAUUUCUGUAACAUUCACGUCAGUCUGGUGCCACAGCCCAGUGCGACAGGAGAACAGAAGACCAAACCCACUCAGAACAGUGUGAGAGAGCUCAGAGGACUGGGACUGUCACCUGACCUGAUAAUGUGUCGAUGCUCCACUCCACUGGAUAACUCUGUUAAAGAUAAGAUCUCCAUGUUCUGCCAUGUGGAACCUGAACAGGUGAUCUGUGUCCAUGAUGUCUCGUCCAUCUACAGAGUGCCUCUGCUGUUAGAGGACCAGGGUGUUGUGGGAUACUUCUGUCGCAGACUGGACCUGCCCAUCGAAACCAGACCCAGAAAAAUGCUCACGAAGUGGAAGGAGAUGUCAGACAGGUCAGACAGGUUGUUGGAGCAAUGCUCCAUCGCUCUGGUGGGGAAGUACACCAAGUUCUCAGACUCUUACGCUUCUGUGAUCAAAGCCCUGGAGCACUCCGCUCUCGCCAUCAGCCACAAACUAGAAGUCAAGUAUAUUGACUCUGCAGAUUUGGAGCCCAAUAGAUUACAGGAAGAGCCAGUGAAGUAUCAUGAAGCCUGGCAGAAGCUGUGCAGUGCAGAUGGUAUUUUAGUGCCAGGAGGUUUUGGAGUGAGAGGGACAGAGGGCAAGAUUCAUGCCAUAAACUGGGCCAGAAAACAGAAGAAACCUUUCCUGGGUGUGUGUUUAGGGAUGCAGCUAGCUGUUUGUGAAUUUGCUAGGAACGUGUUGGGCUGGACAGAUGCUAACUCUACAGAAUUUGACCCAGAAUCAAAGCAUCCUGUGGUGAUUGACAUGCCAGAGCACAAUCCAGGGCAAAUGGGUGGAACUAUGCGGUUGGGAAAGAGACGGACCAUUUUCAAGACCAAUAAUAGCAUACUUAGAAAACUUUACGUUGACGUAGACUAUGUAGAUGAAAGACACAGGCAUCGUUUUGAGGUGAAUCCAGAGCUAAAGCAGAACUUUGAGCAGAAAGGCUUCAGGUUUGUGGGUGAGGACGUGGAGGGAGAGAGGAUGGAGGUCAUUGAGCUGGACGAUCACCCGUAUUUUGUUGGUGUUCAGUAUCAUCCGGAGUUCACAUCCAGACCCAUUAAACCUUCUCCACCGUACUUUGGCCUGCUAUUGGCUGCUGCUGGGAGACUUUCAGGUUACCUUCAGAAAGGCUGUCAGCUUUCACCAAGAGAUACAUACAGUGACAGUGGCAGCACUUCUCCAGACUCAGAGAUUGCAGACUUCAAACUACCCUUGACUAAAGAUACAUGUGAUUUGAUGCCCUAGACAUUGUAUCAUUUUCAGGAAAAAAGCUUUUUAUUUUGCUUCAUGAAGGUAUGAUAGGCAGUUAAGUUGUCCAGCUUUUUAUGCAAAGUGUUUAUUUCCUCAGGCAAGGCCAAUUACAUUUGUCAACUGAUUAUGGAUUGUUUGGGAGAGAAAGAGAUCACAAUAGACUGUGUUAGGUGUGAUUGCACCUAAGUUUAUUUAAAAAAAAAUUAUAGGAAUGAGUCCCAUGCUUAAGUGUUUCUCAAAGCCAUAGUUGUCAUGUUUUAACUGGUUUCCAUUAACUGUAUUGGGUGGGAACCCUUAAGUUUAGAAAUUCUGUGGUCAGAAGGGAGCAUGUGUAACUUUUUGAUGGUUUGACAAUUGUAUAUGACUCCCUCACUGUGCAGUAAUGAGCUGCCUUCAUGUAAUCAAACCAGUUGCUACAUUAAGACAUCAGGGAUAUGAUGGACUUUGCAUUGGAGUCUGAUUCUGUACUAUAACUGUUUGCAGUAUUUAAAUAAAGUAUUUAAGAUGUUCUGUACCAUUCUUAAUGAGAAGUGUUAAAUGCCACACUCAAGAUGGAUAAAGCUGCUUUUAUUGGCUUAAAUCACAAAGCUUAUAGAUCCACAAACAUCCAAUAAAGUGUAAGAUACAGCCAAACUCAAGGCUCCCUCAGAGAA